CUCGGAAAAACAUGGAUGAGGCCAAUGGAAAAAUGCGAAGCAAACACGAGGACGUUGAUGCUGCGUCCCUCAGUGCUGACAUCCUGAACCCCUUCGUACAUCGUCUCGAGCUCGACACAACCUACGACAAGCUCAAGACGGCAUUCCUGACUGUGGCUCUCCUACCAUUCAGACUAGCUGCAAUUACGGCUCUGGUGAUCAUGGCCUGGCUUUUGGCUUGUCUAGGUCUUCUUGGAUUGUCCGAGGAAGAUCUUCGACGUGCACCUUUGACGGGGUGGAGACGAGACAUGCGAAUUGUGAUCUGCUGGAUGAUGCGAGCAUUGUUCAUCUGCGGUGGAUUUCAUCACCUGAAGGUCAAAGGUCGUAGAGCAGAAUCAAAGGAUGCUCCCGUGUUAGCCCUAGCCCCGCAUUCAAGCUUCUUCGACGCACUUCCGGUUGUUUACCUCGGCGGACCGAGCAUCGUCGCCAAAGCGGAAAUCGGGCGCAUUCCUUUUUUCGGAAAACUUAUCAACUAUACGCAACCAGUCUAUGUUUGGAGAGAAGAUCCGAAUUCACGACAAAAUACGAUUAAGGAAAUUAUCGAAAGGGCUACUUCGAAAGAGGAUUGGCCACAGGUGAUGAUUUUUCCCGAAGGUACUUGUACAAAUCGAUCGUGUCUCAUUACUUUCAAAUCAGGAGCAUUUUAUCCCGGUGUUCCUGUCCAGCCUGUUUGUAUCAGAUAUCCUAAUAAAUUAGAUACUGUAACGUGGACCUGGGAAGGUCCUGGAGCAUUAAAAUUAUUGUGGCUUACAUUAACACAAUUGAAUAGCAGUUGUGAAAUAGAGUUCCUCCCCGUUUACAAACCAAGCGAAGCCGAGAAAACAGAUCCUAAACUUUAUGCAAAUAAUGUACGACGUCUUAUGGCAGAAGCAUUACAAAUUCCUGUAUCAGACUAUACGUAUGACGAUUGUCGAAUUAUUAGCAAAGCUCAUCAACUACAUAUACCACGGGCAUCUACCAUAGUGGAAGCUCAUAAACUUCGUAACAAACUUGGUUUGGUAUCGACAAAAAUGGAAGAAGAAUUAGUUCAGAAGAAAACAGAAAGAUUUAGCGAAGAAGUUAAUUUACAUGAAUUUGCACAAAUUCUUAGAAUAGAUGCAAAAGAAUCUGCUACUCAACAACUGUUUCGAAUACAUGAUAGACAAGGAAAUGGUAAAAUAGAUUUGGAAGAAUAUUUAUUCACGGUACUAGCCACGACAAACGCAAAUUCAGAGUUAGACAAAGUUGAAACAGCGUUUGAAGUAUGUGGCACAAAAUCAUUAUCGUGUAUUAAUAAAAUGGAAUUAAGAAAAGCUUUAAAACUCUCGCUAAAUGUGCCACUGGAAGAAUCUGAUAAAAUUUUUCAGAAUGCAAAAAUUGAUUUUGCCGAUACGACAGUGAAUUUUGAAUUCGUUUUAGCCGCACUAGCAGCAAGAACAGAAUAUUCUCAUAUAUUCGCUGGAAAUCCUGAAACGAGAAAAAAAAAUAUUUGAGAGUAUUUCAUCAACUCGUUCCAUGCUCAUCGAAGAUACAGGACGCAUCGUGUUUGUGGCAGACCGCUUCUUAAUCAGAUAUGUGCUAGUCCUGUGUAAAUUUGUUCCAUUCUUGCUGACAUUAUUAUCUUCUCAACGAAAAUAAAUAGCCAUUCAUUGUUUAAUAUUAUAUUAUCGUUGACGAAGCAAGAAAUGUUAUCUUCGUAAAAACUAAGAAAAUUAUAUACGGAACGAGAAAAAUCUAUAGAGAUUAUUAGAAUCGUACUGAGCAAACAUUAAAUAGAAAAGUUUUUCGUACGAAUAAAGUCAAUUUUUAAAAGGAGUGCAAAAAUCCAAAAUAAAAAAUAAAAUAAAAAAGAAAAAAGGAUGAUAUAUAUUUAUUAUUUAACUUGUAUUCUAAUAAUUUCUUAUUUACUAUAAUUUAAUUUAUAAAAAUAAAAAUUUUUAUAUCGUAUUGUUUUUUUCAUAAUGAAAAUAUACGACUAUAAUUACAGAAAUGCGAAAAAAAUAAAAUAUUUUUUAUGAUCUUUUUUAUUUUAUUUAUUAUGUAGUUCAUACGCAUAUAGUAGUCGUGAUAUUGUUUCGUUCGAAUAACAAGGCAUAAUAAAAAAAAAAGUACUAUGUAUUUUCAUUCACAGAUACUUAUCGUUACUCACUUAUCGUUAUUCGCAUAGAAUUUAUUGCAAAAAUUUCCUCCCUUUCAAAGUUAUCACGUUAAAUUUUAAAGUCAUGUAAAUAGUAUUAUAUCGAAGGUUUCUUAGACGUAAGCGUAUGCAGAUUCCCUCCUCGUGUAAAAAUAACGACAAAUUGUCCAUGCAAAAUAAAAUUAGUUUUAGAAUUAUCUAGAUUGCUCAGGGUACUGAUUAAUUAAUUUGAAUGUUCUGUGCGUUGUAUUGUAAUAAAACGUAUGGCUAAUAGUUGGUGAAUAAUCGAAUUAUACAAAUGUAACCAAAAUUUCUGAUAUGUCGAAUAUGUCUAAGAAAACCAAAUGUGUUUAGAACAAUGCAUUUAGAAUAAAUAUGCUAUAAAAUUUA